CCCCCCACUCAGUGUUCCUGUGACCGCGUUCAGGGAAGGACGUACACCGCGUCGCUCCUGACCCGCUCCGACCUUCCCCGCGCUGUGUCUGCGUGCGAGUUCAUUCUCGCUGUGUGUGUUAGUGACGACGCAUUUCUCAAUAAUCAGAUUGGAAACGUUCAGUGAGAUAUUGAUAGAUUUUAGUACGGAAUGAAAAAUACCUCUUCUAAAUUGAUUGACAUGUGGGAUUGAAAUUUGUAUGGAAAGCGAAUAUGAAGAAAUCGAAAACUAGUGUUUUGUGAUGUGAGUACUUACCAUAUACGAAAUACACCAGUUAAACAUAACCGUUGGAUUGAGAAAAGUUAACAAGUGAGUGUUGUUGACCUUUGAGGAAAAUUGUGUGGCCUCAGAACAUCUUAAUCCUUUACUAAUAGUGAACAAAAGAAAGACGUGUUCAGCUACAGUGAUAUGGUUUUUAGCUUCUCAGUCAAACGUUAGUCGCAUUGUGCCACAGGUUUAUCAUAUUGCAGCUUCAACUUUCCCAAGAAGAUGCGAGGAGGCGGGUGGCAGCCGGGCUGGUGCUGGCGCCUGGCCUGGUGGAGUCUGCUGCUGUUCUGCGAGGCGGCAGACCCGCGGUUCGAGCAGAGGUUCGCCAAUGAACCCUCGCCGCAGACCGCCGUCAUCGGCUCGACGGUCGUGCUGCCAUGUCGGAUUAUCAACAAGGUCGGAGUGCUCCAGUGGACGCGCGACGACUUCGGCCUCGGCAACGAGAGGGAGCUGUACGCCUUCAAGCGGUACCGCAUGAUUGGCUCCGACGAGGAAGGAGACUACAGCCUUCGGAUUAGCCCCGUGACCCUCGAGGAUGACUCCUACUUCCAGUGCCAGGUCACAGGGUGGAAGGACGUCCCUGGGGUGAGGUCCCAGACGGCCAAGUUGACGGUGUAUGUCCCUCCCGAGCGCCCAGAGAUCACUCAGGGCUCCGUCGUGACCACCACCGCCGGCGCCGCCGUCCAGCUGGAGUGCGUCUCUCGAGGAGGCAAACCGGCUGCCGAGAUCCAGUGGCUGGACGGGUCGGGCCGCGUCGUGACGGAGGGCAUCCAGUACGAAACCGAGAUGAUGAAGGACGGCCACCGCAUGAACGCCAAAUCCACGCUGAGUUUCUUGGCUUCGCGGGAGCACCACAACACCGUCUUCACGUGCACGGCCUCCAACCCUGCUCUUCAUCAGGCUUUCAGGACGCAGGUGCGUCUGGAGGUGAGCUACCCGCCCGAGGUGACGAUCACGCACGACCAGGAUGGCUACAGGGAGGGCGAAACGGCCACGCUGACCUGCGCCGCCUCGGGAAAUCCGCCGGCGCUCUCCUACAGGUGGUACCGGAGCGGGAAGCUGGUGCAAGGAAACAACUCGACGCAGCUGGUGGUGCCUGAGGUGACGCGCGACAGCAACCUGGAGGAUAUCACCUGCGAGGUCUCCAACGAAGUCGGCUCCUCGCGCAAGAUCACUCGCCUGUCCAUCCACUCUCCACAGGCGGCAAGAGUUGCAGGCUGCCUCACUAGACGUGCAGGUGAACAGUUUUCCUUUACUGUUAUGACCGGGUUGAGACACACAUCUGCCUGCGUGCAUGACACUGGCUGUAAGAUACCGAUCCGAGAAGCAGCCACACCGCCUGGCAAUGAGGGGCUCAGACAGCAAUGGAUAACAGCGCGAGAAUGCAGGAUGGCUGCAAUGAUCCUAGAUCCCCGGGAGUGUGAAGAUCCAGCGAUGAAUGAAGCACUGAACGAAACCUGGAAGCCCAGGACGGUUCCCUGGUGUCCUACAGCAGUCAUUAAGUUGCUACACGUAAAACGGACGGAAGAGGAACGCUGGCUGUGUGCUCGUUCACCGCGAACACUGACGUGUGAUAAGUGCUUGGAAACCCCCACCCCACCCCAGCCGCCUCUCAUCCUCUCAACGCGUCUUGAUCGCCGUCCUCGAGCUUCAAGUGCGGCGCCCCGGACCUGCCGCUCGAGGGCCGUCAGACAAGCAUUUCUGCCGAACGCGGCUGCUGAUUCGGCUGACUUUAGUGCAACUAUAAGAGAUAAAGAUGGAAACGCGACCGUUGCCCAGGUCGAGCGAGGACGACCGACGAAGGGCGGACGCGAAGGGCGCGUGAGAAGGGCCUCGGCAGGCCGGUGGCAGGCGAAUGCUGCAUGGCUUGUAACGGACAACGACAUGAAGGCAAGGAGUAGAGUGAUCGUCCGCAAUCAAAGUGCCGGCGAGGGAUCGAUCAGCAACCGAGGUUCAGGCUCCGAGAGUAAUGGCCUCUUUGACCAGCGUUGGAGGCUGAUGGCGAAGGCGCCACUCCGGAAGGGUCGCAUGCGGAGUGUGCGGCAGAGAGGCUUGCGAGACGGCGGCCGAAUCACAGGUUGCAGCGCUGAUGACGAUCGAUUCGCACAAAUCACUCUUAGCCGAGGGUUGACAAAUCUGGGCGGACUGGGCGCCGCCUCGGCGACUGCGAGAGGAUUUUCACUCCUUUCUGCGUGGGAACACGAAGGCGUGAAAGUCGCCCGCGCCCGAAGCCAGACAGAAAGUUUGGAGUGCUUCGAGUGGCACUUUCUGGCGCGGCGACGAAAACGCCGGCGUUCCCCGGUCGCGCCCCGUGAUCUCCGGCUGAUGGCCCUCCUGCCGCCCUCGGCUCGGCCGCGCCCGUCUCGCGGCCCGCCCAGGAGCCCUCCUCGCGGCCCGCCCAAGGAGCCCUCCUCGCGGAACAAGCUCUCCAUUAUUACGGUGCGCUGCCUCGGCUGCUGCCUCGCGCUGAUGGGCAAAUGUACAGGCGCGACGCGUACCCCGCAGCCUCGGCUUGGAUCUUGGGCAGCGAGCGUGACUUCGAACGCCUGCCACGAGGGGAUGGCGGGGAAGGCAGGAGGCUUGAAGGGCCAAAGCUUGAUGGCAAGAGAGCGAGUUCUAGCUGUCUUUGAGGCGGUCCGAAGAGUGCGAAACACGAACGCGGUUAGCCUGUUCACAAGUUUUCAUAGACGGGCCGUCGUUCCGCCUGCCGCCAGCGACCAGUACGCGGAGCCCGGCGAGAACGUGACUCUGCGCUGUGACGUGGACUCCAUGCCGGAGCCGACCAUCGUGUGGAUCAACCAGCAGACGCAGACGGUGGUGGGCAAGGGCGCCGAGCUCAGCCUCCGGGUCAACAAGGACAACAUCGGGACUUACCUGUGCAUCGCCAAGGUCGAGGGCUUCCCCGAGAUCUCUGGCACCGUCGGCGUCUUCCUCAAGGGUCCGCCGCAGGUGCGCUCCGAGAAGGUGCAGUGGGGCAAGGCGGGGGACACGGUCCCUCAUCACGGGCGCCCACGCGUUCCGUCACCCGUCACGUGGACGCAUCGCGGGCAGGAGGUCGACCUCGAGGAGGGUCGCUACGAGGUGGUGGAGGACAUGACGCCGACGGGGCUGCGCCACACGCUGGUCAUCCGCAGCGCCAAGCUCUCGGACUUCGGCGCCUAUAACUGCUCCGUGCAGAACGCGUUCGGCUCCGACGUCUACGAGAUCAUCCUGAACAAGAAGAAAACUCUUCCGCUGCUGCUGAUCCUGUGCGGGGUCACUGGCGGCAUCGUGUUCGUGCUCGUCGUGGCUCUGGCCGUCAUCAUGUGCGCCAAGAGGACGGCUGCCCGACAGAAAGACGCAAAAUCCGGAGGGUUGCCCGAGAAGACCGUCACUCUGCAGAUGACCGAUCAGAAUUCCACGGCCAAUGAGUCCGAUUUAAAGGUCGAGCUGGAUCAGCGGACCGGGUCUUCGCUGAGCAACAAGGACGGGGAACUGGAGGGCUGGGACAAGGAGGCCGAGAACCCGUCCACGCCCACCUACUUGGCUUCCACCAACUCGUACCUUUAUCCGGAAACCUUCACCGGGAUUCCUCUGAAAAUCAAUGGCCAUUUGACCAGCAAUGGCGGCGGACUUUCGUAUGGUAACUACGCCGACCAUUCGACUGUCGCGGGUGGUUCUCCGGGUCAGCAACCUGACCAAACGUCCUCACCCGCGGGAGGCUACGUAAUGGGCGGGAACAGCAUGGGCGGUGUGAGUGGCUUCACACACACCCCGCCCGGCAUCGUCACUUCGAGCCAGCACUCGCUGUACCCGACCUACACGGACUACGACGCCGGCCACGAGGCAGCCGAGGGCGUCCACGGGUUCACUCCCUCCUACAACAACGGCUUCAAUAAUCACAACUUCAAGACGUCGUCGGGAUCGCUGCCGCUGUCGCUGCACGUGGCCUCCAGAGGGAACGGAAGCACGAGCAACACGUCGACGAUCCCGAGACUAGGGAUUCCGGUCGACCCCAGCCAGUACAUCGUUCCCCCGCGGACCCAGGUGAUGCAGGGCGCGCUGGCCACGCACGUCUGAUGCGUGGCCGGCUCCGCCCCGGCCCGCCUCCCGCGUUGUUAUUAUUAUUGAUAGUUUAAAACCUCUGAUGAAGCCCUAAAAGACAUUCGGUGGGAGACCAAAGCAGUGUGACCCAGAGUUUAUGUAUUGGAACAAUACUUACAAAAGACGUAUAUAGUAUUCAGUCACCUUAGUCAUAGUUCUGUCCAGUGGAUGUUCACUUGCUGAUGAACAUUUCAGUGUUCAAAACACAAAGAGUGCUAAAACACUAGCAUUUCAGCGUGAACAAACUGUUGGAUUCCCCACAGGACUUUUGUCAGAGGCGUGUUCCUACUGUGGUGCAAUAGUCGUAAGGUUAAGUUGAUGUAAGAAAAUGCGAAAUGUUCUCUAUAUUUUAUGGAAUCACUGUUCUAUUUCUCCCCAAAUUUUACAGUCAUCAAACAUGAAAAAGCUCGUCAGAUUUGAAAGUGAUAUUUUCCAUGUAUAAGCCUUUAUGGCAGAAAAUUCUCUUCUAUAGAGUAGAAAUGGAAGUAUAUUUUCAAACUCCAACCCCAAACUCGUGUUAUCUAUUCAUAGCUAUAGUAUUUGUGGUGAAGUUAUAUAAGGCUGUUCUACCAAACGUUUCCCUUUUCAUCCCAGUAUUAUUGAUCUUUGCGUCGUUUGCUGAGCAACUGACUGCAAGAAAUUGUAUAAACCGAAUCAUAAACAGUAACAAAUGUUUGAAAACUUCACUCAUUCAUAUCAGAAGGUGCCCAAGUAGACGGAUAUUGGCGGCUGCAUCGCCUCUACCUAAGCGAGUAUUCAGAAACUUGUAAAAGUCUUAACGCGACUUCAAGCUUUUUGAUGAAACAAGUUCAAUAUAUAAUUCAUUACACACAAAUGUCUUGGAGUGAAAUAUCUUAGGUCCAGGGUUGUUUGCCCUUCCACAUUUUGAAAAGCCCCGAGCCUCCUAUACAUUUAGAUUGACGAUAAAAAGUUGUUUGCUACCUUGAAAGUGUUUCCAUUUUAUUACCACGUUUCUGAUACUUGGCAAGGCCGGCGGUCGUAGGAGGCGCCACCAGCGGGUCUUGUUUGGGAAGAGUUCACACGUGAUGGAUGUUUGCAAACACUGGGCGAGGAGUCCUCAACUUUAGAAGAGUAUAUUUAUAGAAAAAUAUGUAUAUAAAUAUCCAUCCAUACAUAGAUAUAUGUAUGAAUGUAUGUGCGUAUGUAUAUGUGUG